AUGUUGAGCUAUUUGGAACUUGGCUUGGUUAGUGUUGAAGUUUUGUUGUGCUUAAUUCAAAAGUGUCCUGUUCUCAAUACUUUAGUAUUCGAGGAAAUAUUGGAAUUCAACCAUGAGCUUCUUAACUCUGCUGCUGUGCCAGAUUGUUUGACAUACACUUUCCAAGUUGUGAAAUUUGGAUAUGUCCGUGGAUACGAGCAUGAGUUUUUAUUAGCUAAAUAUUUAAUGGAAAAUGGUACAGUGCUUGAGAGGAUGAGUUUCUCCUUUGAUCAUCCAGAGUUGGUUAAAUCUAAGGCCAUUGAAGAAUUUAAAGAGAAGCUGUACUCAUUUAAGAAAGGAAUCUCUUUUGCCAUACUUGAAUUUUCGAAUCAGUAUUACUAG